UUGGCGGCGGAGGCGGGGACUCGGCCGGGGGAUGCGCGCCCGGGUCCCCAGAGCCCCCAGCUCGCCUCGGAGUCCUGCUCAGCAUGGGCCGACCCUCACUCUUCCUGGCCCUGUGUGCCUGUGUGUCUUUGCUGGGUGGCCUGACCUUUGGCUAUGAACUGGCAGUCAUAUCGGGUGCCCUGCUGCCACUUCAGCUUGACUUUGGGCUAAGCUGCUCGGAACAGGAGCUCCUGGUGGGCAGCCUGCUCCUGGGGGCUCUCCUUGCCUCCCUGGUAGGGGGCCUCCUCAUCGACCGCUAUGGCAGGAAGCAAGCCAUCCUCGGGAGCAACUUGGUGCUGUUGGCAGGCAGCCUGAGCCUGAGCCUGGCCAGCUCCCUGACCUGGCUGGUCCUGGGCCGCUCAGUGGCUGGCUUUGCCAUCUCCCUAUCCUCCAUGGCCUGCUGUAUCUAUGUGUCAGAGCUGGUUGGGCCACGGCAGCGGGGAGUGCUGGUGUCCCUCUACGAGGCAGGCAUCACCGUGGGCAUCCUGCUGUCCUAUGCACUCAACUACGCGCUGGCCGGUGCCCUCUGGGGCUGGAGGCAUAUGUUUGGCUGGGCCACUGCACCUGCUCUCCUGCAGUCCCUCAGCCUCCUCCUCCUCCCCCCUGGUACAGUUGAUGCUGCAGCCCACAGGGACCUCAUCCCCCUCCAGGGAGGUGAGGCCACGAAGCUGGGCCUAGGGAGGCCAAGAUACUCCUUCCUGGACCUCUUCAGGACCAGGGAUAACAUGCGAGGCCGGACCAUGGUGGGGCUGGGGCUGGUGCUUUUCCAGCAGCUAACAGGGCAGCCCAACGUGCUGUGCUACGCCUCCACCAUCUUCCAUUCAGUCGGCUUCCGUGGGGCCUCCUCAGCUGUGCUGGCCUCCGUGGGGCUCGGCGCCGUGAAGGUGGCAGCCACCCUGACGGCCAUGGGGCUGGUGGACCGAGCGGGCCGCAGGGCCCUGUUAAUCGCUGGCUGUGCCCUCAUGGCCCUGUCGGUCAGCGGCAUCGGCCUUGUCAGCUUUGCUGUGCCCAUGGCCUCAGGCCCAAGUUGCCUGGCCAUGCCCAAUGCCACUCGGCUGUCAGGCUUCCCUGGAGACUCUGGCCUGCCCAGUGGCUUGGCCCCGCCUCUGCAGCCAAUGACCGACCAGAGCCCAGGGCGGCCAGUCUUGUCAACCUCUGAGGAAACCAAGCCUCGUCCGGGAGCUGGGGACCCCACUGCCCUUCCUCUGCCAGCCUUAAGCAUCGUGCCCGCUGCACCCGCUUCUCCUGCCCCUGAGCAUGCCCUCCUGCACUGGACCGCGCUGGUCUGCAUGAUGCUGUUUGUGAGCGCCUUCUCCUUUAGCUUUGGACCAGUGACCUGGCUUGUCCUCAGCGAGGUUUACCCCGUGGAGAUCCGAGGGCGAGCCUUUGCCUUCUGCAACAGUUUCAACUGGGCUGCCAACCUCUUCAUCAGCCUCUCCUUCCUUGAUCUCAUCGGUGCCAUUGGCUUGUCCUGGACCUUCCUGCUCUACGGGCUGACUGCUGUCUUCGGCCUGGGCUUCAUCUAUUUAUUUGUCCCCGAAACAAAAGGCCAGUCGUUGACAGAGAUAGACCAGCAAUUCCAGAAGAGACGGUUCGCCCUGAGCUUUGGCCACAGGCAGAGCUCGGCUGGCAUCCAGUACAGCCGAAUUGAGGUCUCUGCGGCCUCCUGAGGAGUCCAUCUGGAAAAUGCUGGAACCAUGGCUUUCUCAGACAGUCUUCAGCUUCCUGCUUGCCUGGGUGCCAGAGCACAAGUUCUAGGUGGUCCUUCAAGAGGCGCCCCUGCUCCAGAAGAGGCCUGUUUUGCUGGGGCAAAAGGGAUGAAAAUCUGAGAACUCAAAAGCCUUCAGGUGGAGCCUCAGGCUCUGAGGGUUCCUGAGGCUCUGCCUUCCUGCCUCAGUUUCCCCACUGACUCUACGCAUCUCUGCAGUAAUGAACUUAUGAUGAGAACAUCUUAUGGAGACUUCGUUGCUCUAUGGGCUUUCUCAAAGAAUCUCAAGGGUACCACCCUGGCAGGAAGUCUCUCCUGGAAUCAUCCCUAAAUCUAGCUGAGGAUACCAUAUUCUCUGCUCUCUUUUUCCAUCUGGUUGGGACUUUCUGGGGAGGGGGAAGCCUGCUUUUUGGCUCUCAGAUCUCGUUUUGUUCAACCCCUCUAAUUCUCUUACCUGGAAUAUUUGUCAUUCACCAGCAACUCAGAUGGUUGGUAGGAGUUCUAGUCCUGAGCUCAAGGCCUGAGGCUGCUGCUGUUCUUGCUGCCUGACU